GGGAUUCCAAUACAUUCUUUCUCUUCUUCUCAGUCCUUUUUCCCCCACUAUUACAAUCGUCUCAUCGGAAAACACAAACCCAUCUCCAGAAACAGUGUAGCAAUGGCGGAAAACACGGCCAGCCAUAGAAGAAAGCCUCAGAGCUUGAACGAUCGACACUAUCGUCUCCUCCAGGAUCUUUCUGCGGCUCCUAAACAGCCUCCAUCUUCUUCCCAAGAAGAAGAUGAAGGAACGAAAAAGUCCAUGAUUAAGCUCGCUGGGAGACGUCGUCUCUGCAAAGCAUCGCCGAAGGAAGAUGUAGCCGAUGGAGAUGACGAUCCUGAUCUGGCCGAUUUCGAUUCCACAGGUAAAGGAGAUACACCACUCGAGGGAGCUGGAGCUGGAACUGCGAAAAACUCCACAUCUUGGGAUGAAUCGAAGGAAGCUAACACAGUGAUGGGUGACGAGCCCAACUUUUCGAUAAUCACAGAUUUUGGUUCGCCUUCCCCUCAGUUUAAGCAAAAGGAGGAAAGGCAAGAUGGUGGAGGAAAGAAUGAGAUUCUGGAUAUUUUGGAUGAUUUGACCUCUAAACUUGGGACAAUGUCGAUUCAGAAGGUUAAAGAUAACCAAAGGAAUGACACUGAUGCGGGUCCAGUUAAGAGCCGGGUUAAUGAUUUUGAUUCUGAGACCGUCAAAUCCUCAUUUUCCUUGAUAUCCGAGUCCUCGUCAGAUGUGGUUAGCACAGGUAAUGCUGGUGCUGAUAGUCUCAAUGACAGGCAAGGAAAUGUUGGUUUUGCCACUCGGGAAGAGAAAAUGAGUUAUGAGUCUGCAGGUGAAUGGGGUGAAAGCAUUUCAAAUGUUGGAAAACAAAACUCAUUUUCUGGUCAGCACUAUGUUGGUAAGUCUCAAGAGUAUAGAGAGGGAUCCAAUCUCGACCGUGGGAAGGGCCAACACAAGGAAGUCGACCAAAGUCUUAAGACGACUAGACAUAUUGAGGUCAGUGAGAAGCUAAGAUCAGUCGGAAGGUCGAAUGCUGCUAAGCUAAGAGAAUUAGAUGACGACGAUGAUGAAGAUGACUGUGUCCUUUUGACUGGGAGAAAGGCGGCUGAAAUGAAAAGCCAUAUUGAAAAGCCUAAAAAGCCAGCUCGGUCUUACAACAUUGAAACACAUAGUUAUGAUGAGAGAGCGUUGGAGGAUGAAGGGUCUAUCACUUUAACUGGCCCCAAAUGUUCUUACACAUUGCGUGGAAAGAUAGCAACCAUGUUAUAUCCACACCAGAGAGAAGGGUUGAAGUGGCUGUGGUCAUUGCAUAUCCAAGGUAAAGGUGGAAUUCUUGGAGAUGAUAUGGGAUUAGGUAAAACUAUGCAGAUAUGUAGUUUUCUUGCUGGUUUGUUCCACUCAAAAUUGAUCAAACGUGCUCUAGUAGUGGCACCGAAAACCCUGUUGCCUCAUUGGAUGAAAGAAAUAGCUACCGUUGGACUUUCACAAAUGACUAGGGAGUACUACGGCAAUUCUACGAAGGCCCGAGAAUAUGAUCUUAACCACAUUCUACAGGGCAAAGGAGUUCUUCUAACGACCUAUGAUAUCGUAAGGAACAAUACGAAGGCUUUGCAAGGUGACCACUUUUAUACUGAUGAGGAUGACGAAGAUGGAAUCAAAUGGGACUACAUGAUCCUGGAUGAGGGACAUCUUAUUAAGAAUCCCAGUACACAAAGGGCCAAGAGUUUGCUUGAGAUUCCAAGUUCCCACCGUAUAAUAAUAAGUGGUACACCGAUCCAGAACAAUCUUAAGGAAUUGUGGGCUCUCUUCAACUUCAGCUGCCCUGGGCUACUUGGUGACAAGAAUUGGUUUAAGCAGAAUUAUGAGCAUUACAUUCUUCGUGGAACUGACAAAAAUGCCUCUGAUAGAGAACAGAGGAUAGGCUCAACAGUAGCAAAGAACUUGAGGGAGCAUAUUCAACCUUUCUUCCUGCGGCGCCUAAAGAGUGAGGUCUUUGGUGAUGAUGAUGCAACCUCCAAACUUUCAAAGAAGGACGAGAUUGUUGUAUGGCUACGCUUGACAGCUUGCCAGAGGCAAUUAUAUGAAGCUUUCUUAAAAAGUGAAAUUGUGCUGUCAGCUUUUGAUGGUUCGCCUCUAGCAGCUCUAACGAUUCUGAAGAAAAUAUGUGACCACCCGCUUCUCUUGACUAAGAGGGCUGCUGAGGAUGUCCUCGAAGGAAUGGAAUCAACAUUAACACAAGAAGAAGCAGGCGUAGCAGAGAGAUUGGCUAUGCAUAUUGCAGACAAUGUGGAUACAGAUGAUUUUCAGACCAAAAAUGACAGUAUUUCUUGCAAAUUGUCAUUCAUCAUGUCACUACUGGAAAAUCUGAUUCCAGAAGGGCACCGUGUUCUAAUCUUCUCCCAGACACGCAAGAUGCUUAAUCUCAUUCAGGAUUCUCUUACCUCCAACGGUUAUAGUUUCUUGCGAAUUGAUGGUACAACAAAAGCCCCUGAUAGAUUGAAGACUGUUGAAGAAUUUCAAGGUGGUCAUGUGGCUCCCAUCUUUCUCUUGACAUCUCAAGUUGGUGGUCUCGGUCUUACUCUCACGAAGGCAGACCGGGUGAUUGUGGUUGACCCUGCCUGGAAUCCAAGCACCGACAAUCAGAGCGUUGAUCGAGCAUACAGAAUCGGGCAAACCAAAGAUGUCAUCGUGUACAGGUUAAUGACCUCAGCAACUGUUGAAGAAAAGAUUUACAGGAAGCAGGUGUACAAGGGAGGGUUGUUUAAAACCGCUACUGAGCAUAAAGAACAAAUUCGCUAUUUCAGCCAACAGGAUCUUCGAGAACUAUUUAGUCUUCCCAAGGGAGGCUUUGAUGUUUCACCUACACAACAACAGCUAUAUGAAGAACACUAUAACCAGAUCAAAUUAGAUGAAACUCUGGAAUCCCACGUUAAGUUCUUGGAAACUCUCGGUAUAGCUGGAGUGAGUCAUCACAGCUUACUCUUCUCGAAGACUGCUCCUGUCCAACCAAUACAGCAAGAAGAAAUAGAAGAAAUAAGGAGAGGAACAACGUCAUUUGUGGGACGGCCAUCUGCAAGUUCUUCACAAGACACCAUGGUCAAUGGGGCCGAGUAUGCUUUCAACCCAAAGGAUGUGAAAUUGAACAAGAGAAUCAACAUUUCCCCAAUCGAUGACAAUGACUUGUCGGAAAGCGAAAUUAAAGCAAGAAUCAGUCGGUUAACUAUGAUAUUCGAGAACAAGAAUACGAUCUCAAAGUUACCUGAUGGAGGAGCCAAAAUAAAAAAGCAGAUUGAUGAAUUGACUCGAGAGCUCAAAGAAAUCAAAGCCGCACAAAGCAACGAUAUGCCUCAAGUUAUUGACUUGGAGGACAUAAGUCAGAAGAUGCACAAAGGAUUGAAUCUGUAGAGUAAGACACAAGUCAAGAUGCACAAAAAGCAAUAACCCUCAUGGUAACACUUUGUGGUUUUUUCUUUCUAUUUUUGUGUUCUUUAUCAAAUUUUGGUUUGUUGGAUUGAGAAGUCAAUUACCAAAUGGCUUACUAUAAAAAAGGUCAACGUUAUU